AUGGUGCCGUACAGACUACUGAACACCGAGGGAGUGAAGACUACCGCCCCGGACAUGUUUUUGGGAGUAUUAUUAUCGAUGGAGAGUAAGGUGCAAAGAGUCAGCAAUAGACUGCUUGGCAAUCUUGAGGCUAGGCUAGCCGACACUCUUGAGACUUUGUGCCACCAGCUGAAGGACUGCAACAAGUCUACCCGGAUGACUCUUCACUGCAUUUUCAACUGUGCACCAGCAGCCGAAGGACUGCAUCAAGUCUACCCGGAUGACUCUUCACUGCAUUUUCAAGUGAAUUUAGGAAUUUCAAUGCUAAACCAGCUAAAUGCACCAACAGCUGAAGGACUACAUCAAGUCUACCUGGAUGACUCUUUACUACAGGUCCAAGGGGUACAAGCUCUAUGGUCCAAGUCACUCAUGGAUGUGAAUGUUAACCGACUAUGCACCAACAGCUGAAGGACUGCAUCAAGUCUACCUGGAUGACUUUUCACUACAGGUCCAAGUCACUCAUGGAUGUGAAUGUUAACCGACUAUGCACCAACAGCUGAAUUGACUACAUCAAGUCUACCUGGAUGACUUUUCACUACAGGUCCAAGUCACUCAUGGAUGUGAAUGUUAACCAACUGUGCACCAACAGCUGAAUUGACUGCAUCAAGUCUACCUGGAUGACUUUUCACUACAGGUCCAAGUCACUCAUGGAUGGGAAAGUUAACCAACUGUGCACCAACAGCUGAAUUGACUACAUCAAGUCUACCUGGAUGACUUUUCACUACAGGUCCAAGUCACUCAUGGAUGGGAAUGUUAACCAACUGUGCACCAACAGCUGAAGGACUGCAUCAAGUCUACCUGGAUGACUUUUCACUACAGGUCCAAGUCACUCAUGGAUGGGAAUGUUAACCAACUGUGCACCAACAGCUGAAGGACUGCAUCAAGUCUACCUGGAUGACUUUUCACUACAGGUCCAAGUCACUCAUGGAUGGGAAUGUUAACCAACUGUGCACCAACAGCUGAAGGACUGCAUCAAGUCUACCCGGAUGACUUAUCACUGCAUUUUCAAGUGACUUUAUAGGUAUUUAAAUGUUAACCGACUAUGCACCAACAGCUCAAGGACUACAUAAAGUCUACCUGGAUGACUCUUCACUACAGGUCCAAGCCACUCAUGGAUGUGAAUGUUAAUUCUAUAUAUACGCCGCUAGAAACCCGAGUCCAAAGUUGCGACUGUGGCUUUGGCUGCAGCUGUUGCUAUGGGUCUUAUAAUAUUAUGCUUUAUUGCAUGUUAGAGUGACUAUCAAACUGUAUCCAUAGCCAGUUUAGAUAAUAUGGCCUAAAGUUAAUUAAUACUCAAUUGGCGUUUCUUGAGUCCAUAAAUUUGAGAGCAAAAGAUAUGUAUUGCAAGUUUUAAGCGAUAUGUGCUUGUGUAUUUGUCUCUUUUU